AUGAACACAAGAGCUUCUGGAAAACCUUUGGUUAGUCCUCAGUCUAAUCCAGGAAGAGCCAGACGUCGCUUAUUGUCACUCAGCAACACGGAGGCCUCUACAUCUAACAGGAUAGAUCCAGAAACUGCAGAGCAAACAGGGAUCCAGUUUAGCACCGAUUUCUUAGAAUCAGGUGGUGUUUUAAAAUCAGGUGAUAGUUCAGAAGAGGAAGAUAAUAAGGACAAAACUUCUAUACCUGGUUCAGCAGUAAUUCUUCGGGUAAAUCAACCAGUUCAGGCAAGAAGAAUGGGUGAUCAGGAACAACCAGUCAACCCCAACAACCGUCUUUACGGGGAUCGAAGGAGAAACAUACCGGCCAACCGUGGCAAUGCUAUUCGUUCUCCAGCCACCGGGUUGAAUUUUAAUCUUAAAGGAAAUCACUUGAAGAGUGUCGAGGAAGAGAAGUUCGAUGGAGUGACAAACAGUGAUCCUUACGGCCAUUUGGAAAGGUUUGAAAAGAUUUGCAGGUUUUACAAUUAUGGAGAAGGACAAAAUGACAUAGUGAAACUUGAGCUCUUUCCACUUACUCUUUGUGGAGAGGCAAAAGCUUGGCUCAAGGAACAACCGGAUGACUUGUACUCCACAUGGGCUGAACUUCGAGAAGGUUUUAUUGAUGAGUUCUAUUCUGUAAGAACUCAAAGACAAUUGGAAAAUAAGAUCAGGGCAUUUACUCAAGAUGCGGGUGAAGAUGUAGUUGAUUCGUGGAAACGGUAUAAGGAAAUGCUUCGAAAUUGUCCAGGUCAUAAUAUGACUACUGAAGCAGUGGUUGAGAUUUUCUAUGACGGUUUGCUUAGGAAGACUAGAAGGGAACUUGCAGCUGCGUUUGGGGGUAGUUUGAAUAAUGUGACUCCAAGUGAAGGUUAUAAAAUCUUGGAUGACAUGGCUAAGGAGUUCUCUGUCCGGGAAGAAAUCCAAAGUAGGAAAUCGGGAAGUAAGACUGUUGCUAAGGUGGAAAGUGGUGAAGAGUCAAGGUUAGUUGUUGAAGUUAAGGCACUCUCGAAGCAAACGAAUGAGAGGUUUGAUAACCAAGAUGCAAGGUUUAAGAGCAUUGAAAGGGAUGUGAAGGUCAUAGCGGAUGGUUGUGACUACUGUGGAGAUUAUCAUAACUCGGAAGAUUGCCCGGACAAGCCAGCUCAGGAAGUUAGUUAUGUUCGGAAUCAGCAGCAGGGAUCCUACAGCCAGAACACCGGUUAUCAAAACCGGCAAUCCGGUACUUCUUAUCCCUCAUCUUCAUUUAAUAAUACUAACAACUCUAGGUUUGGUGGCAACAGGUUCAGCAGGUUUAGCAAUCAGCAAAACUCGAACGCUGAAUUGAGAGACAUCAUGAAGGACUUGAUCAGUGCUCAGAAAGCAACUAACGAGAAAGUGGAAGAACAAUCCAAGAAGAUGCAUUCUGCAUGGGAUUCUAUGACUACUCGUUUGGACGGUUUGACUCAUAAGCUGGAGCAAAGUACAAAGAGCACUCAAGCUACAUUUCAGGAUAUAGAAGCAAAGCUCGAAAGGCUAGGAAAUUCAAAUAGGCAGCCCGGUACACUACCGAGUAAUACGCAGCAAAAUCCUAGGCCUCAGCAGAAUAACCAAGGAUUCGGACAGAAGUAUAGCCAUCCGAAUGCUCGAAAUGAGCAAGUGAAUGCGAUCACAACAAGAGCAUGUAAUACUUAUAAUUCUUCAAAUCCUUUGCCUAAUGAUAUUACUCCUAUUGUGCAGGUUGAAGCCGAUGAAGCUGUUGAUGAUGAGAUUGAGAUGGAGCCGAACCCAGCCGUGAAGACACCGACCGUUCCAUCCAAGACUGUUGAGAAGAACACUGUUGAGAAACCACCCGUUAAGCCGUAUCAGCCGAAGAUACCUUUUCCUCAACGAUUGAGGAAAGCGAAGAUCAAGGAGAAUUUCAAGAAGUUUGUUGAGUUGAUUCAAAAUGUUAACAUUACUAUUCCUCUAGUUGAUCUUCUUGCAGGUAUGCCUAAUUAUGCAAAGUUUCUCAAGGAACUCAUUACGGAUAAGAAGAAGUUGGAAGAGACGAAGACGGCAGUCAUGAGUGCCGAGUGUUCCGCCAUCAUCAAGAACGAGAUUCCUCCUAAGUUGGAAGAUCCAGGGAGUUUUCUUAUCUCUUGUUCUUUUGGUGUUCGUUUGUAUAAGGCAUUGGCCGAUCUUGGGGCUAGCAUUAAUUUGAUGCCUUAUUCUGUUUAUAAAAGAUUGUCGUUAGAUUUUGUUAUUCUUGAGAUGGAGGCGGAUGUUAAUGUGCCUCUAAUUCUUGGCCGACCCUUCCUUAUGACCGCGGAUGCUAUCAUCCGGGUUAAGGCUAAGGAGAUUUCCUUAGGUGUCGGAGAAGCCGGGUAG